AUGAUAAAGGAAUUCAACUACCAAGCAGAGUUCAAGGUGGGGUUAGAAAUCCUCUGGGCAGCUCUGUUCAAGGACUUCAUUAUCAUAUGUCCCAAAGUUCUCCCAGAUAUAGUGAAAGAUGUGCAAGUGAUGGAAGGCGAUGGAGGGGUUGGUACAAUCAUCAUCUUUAAUCUUUUGCCUGAUGCAUCCCCAGUAAGUCGCCAGAGGGAGAAGAUCACGGAGCUUGAUGAGUUUUCUCAUGAAAUUGGGCUGCAAGUGAUUGAAGGAGAAUGUCUGUAUCAAGGAUUGUCAUAUUACAAGAUAAGUUUUCAACUAUCUGCGAUAGAAGAGCAUAAGACUUUGGUCAAAAUGAAGAUAUCUUAUGACCAUGAAUCCCACAUAGAAGGGAGUAUCAAAGCGGAGAAGGCAUCAGAGUCCACUUUAUCCUAUUUUAGGAGCGUAGAAAAAUAUCUGUUAAAUAGCGCUUGA